UUUUAGGGUUUGCCAGUUCACUGUUUGGCACCAUACCUAUAGGUGGUUGCGAUGAACAGCAAGUCUAGCGGAGAAAAGAAUUUGGUCGACCAAGCGAGAAAUCCUCGCUCCCGAUCGUCAGGAAAUGCGAUCGCCAUCGCUUGACGUGAUCAAACGAUAGAGGAAGAAGAAAUGGGGCUUUCGUCAACGAUGGCUAUGGCAGCGCUCUCCCGGCUCUUUCUUCCCUGUGCGCUGCUGCUCAUCCCUCUAAUCCUCUACUUCCAGUGUAGCUUGCCCGCCCUCAACCUCGCGGCGGCGCCCAAGAGCUCGAAUUUGGCCGAGAAUCGCCGCUUUUCGGCGGGCAUGUUCUUGAUCGAUCGAGGUACGUCGCUGCUCCACAGCUGGAGCGACGAGGAGCUCUUCGAUCGCGCCAUGGCGAUGCACAACGCCACCGUACUGCCAGAGCAAAUCCAUUCGCCAAGAUUGUUGGGUGUGAGUCAUAAAAUCUUCAAGAAAUUCGAGAAUGAUUUGGGUGCCACCAUCGCCGCCAACGCUGCCACCGCCGCCACCGCCGCCGCCGCCGCCGCGCCGCCGGUUUCCAAGGUAGCGUUUCUCUUCCUAACGACUGGGGCGAUCCCAUUCGAGCCGCUGUGGAAUCGAUUCUUCCGCGGGCACGAGGAUCUCUACAACAUCUACGUCCACGCCGAUCCCUUCCAGUUCCGGGCAUUCAAUCGCAGCAGCGCCUUUUGGGGGCGGAUGAUCCCCAGCGACAGGACCGAGCGAGGAGCUCCAUCGCUCGUCCUGGCCAUGAAAAGGCUCCUCGCAAACGCGCUCGUCGACGAUCCCGAGAACCAAUUCUUCGCCAUGAUCUCCGACAGCUGCAUCCCUCUCCACGGGUUCCACAGGCUCCACAAGCGCCUGGCAGCGUCGCCGCGCAAGAGCUUCCUGGAGAUCAUCACGCAAUCGGACCUCCUCUGGUCGCGAUACAACGCCCGGGGCGAGGGAUCCAUGCUUCCGGAGCUCCAAUUCGGGGAAUUCGCGGUGGGAUCGCAGUGGUUUGUGGUGACCCGCGAUCACGCGCGACUGCUGGUGGGCGAGCGGCGGCUGUGGAACAAAUUCCGGGCGCCCUGCCUGCCCGAAUUCGCGGCCUCCUCGUGCUACACCGAGGAGCACUACUUCUCGACCGUGAUGAGGGUCGAGGAUCAAGCCGGGAGCCACGGAUUCACGCUCACGAAUGUGAAAUGGGCCGAGAACAACGAUGGGCAUCCCACCAUGUACCGCGCCGAGGAGAUCGAUCUAGGGUUCCUCCACGGGCUGCAAGAGGAGAGCGAUGGGCGAUUCAUGUUCGCGCGCAAGUUCCAUGCCGACUGCCUCGACCCUCUCUUGAGGUACGCCGACGCUCUCCUCAAGCACUGAGGAAGAAGGGCG